CGUAGAGAAGAAGGUAGGAAGGUUAAAAGCUGCUCUUCCCCAUCCCCCUUCCCCACCGACGACCCUGUCCGAUCUUGCCGUUUCGUCGUUGCUGCCUAAACUCCACAUCGCUUCCUUCCUACUGUAAACAUUCUCUUGGGGUUUAGUUUUUACCGAACGAUGGCAACCAUAAGAGCGCUGAGGAAACUGUGCCAACAAGCUCACCACCAGGCAUGUAGCCUCCAUGUGUCCGCUUCAAGACAGGAAGCAGUUGUGAUCUCGGGCAGGAAGCUGGCGCGGCAGAUCAGGGAAGAGGCGCAGGCAGAUGUGGAGGAAUGGGUCGCCUCUGGCAACCGACGACCUCACCUUAGCGUCUUGCUGGUGGGGGACAACGCAGCCAGCCAUUCAUACGUGCUCAACAAGACCAGAGCCGCAGCUGACGUGGGCAUCAGUAGUGAGACCAUCCUGAAGCCAUCCAACAUUAGUGAGGAGGAGCUGUUGGAUCUCAUCCACAAACUCAACUUUGAUCACAGAGUGGAUGGCUUACUGGUACAGCUCCCACUUCCAGAGCAUAUUGAUGAGCGGCGUGUGUGUAACGCGGUGUGUCCUGAUAAAGACGUGGAUGGCUUCCACGUGGUGAACGUUGGCCGCAUGUGCCUGGAUCAGACCACCAUGCUGCCCGCCACCCCCUGGGGAGUUUGGGAAAUCAUCAAGCGCACUGGUAUCCCUACACUGGGCAAGAACGUGGUUGUGGCUGGACGCUCCAAGAAUGUUGGCAUGCCCAUCGCCAUGCUGCUGCACACAGACGGCAGCCACGAGAGACCCGGAGGUGAUGCCACAGUGACCAUCUCUCACCGUUACACUCCCAAGGAGCAGCUCCGGCAGCACACCCAAAUAGCCGACAUCGUUGUUGCUGCAGCAGGUAUUCCUAACCUGAUCACAGCAGAUAUGAUUAAGGAAGGGGCAGCAGUGAUCGAUGUGGGCAUUAACAGGGUACAGGACCCCUUGACUGGCAAAAACAGGCUGGUGGGAGACGUGGACUUUGAAGGAGUGCGGCAGAAGGCCAGCUUCAUCACCCCUGUGCCAGGGGGAGUGGGCCCCAUGACCGUGGCCAUGCUGAUGAAGAACACUAUCAAGGCAGCCAAGAAUCUGCUUCUGACCCCCCCAGAGCGCAUGCGCAUGGUAGCCUCCUCCUAAUUCUCCACCCCUCAACCAUCCAACCCCAGGAUCCCAGUACACAUUCCAUCCAUCCCUGGCAUCUGCUCUGCAUCAGGAGCGACUGGGAGGCAGAAAGGCGAUAGCUUUAACUUCUAUUUUUAUUCUUGAACUGUCCAACCCCCCUGACAGGUCCACGUGUCCCCCUCUUACACUCACUGACUCCCUCACUCACUCCAUUUAUUUCUUCUUUUUUUUUCUUCAUUGACUGUUACAGUUUUUUUUUAUUAUAUUAUACAGACUGUUAUUAUUAUUUUGGAAACAUUUCUAUUUAUCUCUUUUUUGUAGUGGUAGGGGAAACCAGGAGCAGCAUUUAAUUAAUCAAGAACCAGCAGUUUUAUUUAUUGAGCUUUUUUCCCAUUCUUAUAACACUUGUCAACUGUGUCAAUGCAAGAGUGCGCACAAAAGAGGAAAGCAAGUCGGUCAGGAAGGGUUUUUUUAUUAUUAUUAUUAUUAUUAUUUUUAUUAUUCAGAAAUAUAUUCAUCUGGCAACAGAUACACUGCAUCCUAACUAACAACCAGUAUCAACUCACUGCGCCAAUGCAGUAGGGGUGCACCAUUGCCAGUGGAAAGGACAACUUGUACCUUGUUAAAGCCUUUUUGGUGUGCUGCCCCCCGCCCCCCCAGCCGGUUGCCAUUGGCAGCAGGAGGGCAGUAGGCAGUCACAUCAGUUAGGCCUGUGAAGCAGAGUGGCAGCAUGGUGCUCUCUUACGCCAUGGAUACAAAAACCCUGGAAACCCUUGACACAUUCUGCAGCACCCACUUUCUAUUCAGGGGCCACUGGACCACUGCCAGUUCUAGGCCUCUCUUACCCCCUCUACAGUGGUAGGCCCUAGAGUGUGCCUUUGCCCUGUGUGUUUGGAGGGGUUGACCCAGGUUCAGCUGUACUUAAAUCAGUGUACUAGUACCACUGAUUAAAUCAGUGGUACUAGUAAGGUUGUGAAUGCUGCAGAGUUGUGUGUCUGUUUGAAUGUGUGAAUAUAAAGGGCUAUUUAUUAGCCUUUAGCUAAAGAGGUUGGAGUUUAUACAAUAAGCUUUAAGUUCUACAGAGUUGCAAUAUAAAGGCCUUUGUAAAUAUUUAAAGAGUUAAAUAAAUUCUCAAAGUGGAAAUACA